CCUAUUUGGACACUUUUCUGACUGAAUACAGCUGUUACCUGCCAGCUCUGCCUGCCCACCUGAUCCCAAACAGGUUCAGCUCAACAAUCAAUACGAUCAUCCUCAAACGGACCACCCUGGGCUGCAUUAUGCCCAUCAUAAAUCCGAACAGGAGAAUGAUUCGUGGGGUGGCGCCAAACUCUCCGUCACCGCCAGCUGGAGGAACCCUCCUGAUUCCUGGUACUGGAUCCGAUGCUGUGUUGUUGCUUGCUGCAGGUAAAGUCGGGUUUGAAGUCGGAACCUUCUCCUGCAGGAUUGUAUGUACGUGACAGUGCUGCGGGAACGUUAUCGGAGUCGGAAUCACAGACAGCGAGAUGGAUGGAGUGGUGGGAUAAGGUGCAGCGGCGCUGCGCAGCCGCAAACGCCCACUGGCGCUGUCUGAUCAGGGAGGAGGAGAGAAAAAUCCGCGGAGUCUGACCAAUCAGACGCAUAUUGCAGCUUCGCCUUCUGCACAUGUCAGAUGUCGUCACCGGGAAAACACCAUCGCGCUGCCUCGUAGCACCCCGACGACAAGAAUGGACCAGCACGGAGCGGGAGUCCGGACCGAUGCGGCAACAUCAGCACAAAAGCAACUUGAUGGAGAAAAAUAAAGGAAUCCCUUUAAGAUGACACGCACAGACCCACCUGACAUACUGGUAUCAACUGUGCAUCAAGAUAUAAAAGUGAUUCCCAUAUCUUCACACUGCAAGUCUCUGCAGCCAUCCAAACAAUGUGAUUUUGUGAAAUACAGCACACUGGAGGACAGGAAGAGCAAAGUCAGUAAGAGGCACUGCCGAAACUUUGACUAUCAAUCAUUGGAGAGUCCCACGUCAAACAAGAGCUUCAUGGAGUCCCCAUACAGGAAGGCUGACAGACAGGCAGCCAACCCUGAUGUUGCCUGGAAUGCCUUGGGACGCCAGCAGAGAUAUCGCUUUUCUGCCCCAGACAUUUUCAGCAACAGAUUAACUGCUCAAUCCUUGGCUGCAGAAAUGGCCAGUGAAGUAGUUGCCCCAGAGCAUAAAAGAAGGACCAGGUCAAAAAGUGCCUCUCGGGUCCAGACCAGCCUCACUCCUGUGUCUUUUGAAGAAUCAUCGUCUUCAGGAAGGAAAGGCAGAGAGUCCCAAAGAGCUCCAAGAGAUUCUCGUUGGAGACCUCAAGUAUCACCACGUAGGGAGUCAUCCUAUGCAGCAACAAGGACUCAUAUGCAUGAAGUACAUCCCAUUAAGUUGCAACCUCAAACUGGUGACAGCAGUAGAUAUUCACCACACUAUGCUUCUGAUAAAUUUGAAGAUGGAGGUCUGGAUAAACCAGCAACUAGCCCUCAUGUUAGGUGUCGAGUAGACAUUAAGCCUGAUGGAUUGCAUCAUUCAGGACGGAAACAGACUACUGCUGCUCCACUGGACUUUCCCUGGCAAAGGCACCACAGUGUGGGGAGGAGUCUGACUGUGCCACGUCAUUUCUCUUACUCUAGGACCCCAACUCCCACUGACUCAAUGGGUGCAGAAAGCAGGCAGGCCUAUCAAUAUUCCAGCAGCAUGCCAAGUAGUUACCUACAACAAAUGGAGCAUCCCUCACAAAGAAUGCCUUCUUCAGGUUACUAUGGUAGAGAACGCCGAGCUCAUUCCAGUCCUAAUGUGCCAACCAAGUUCUUUUAUGCAGGUGACCCAGGAAGAUAUGUGACUACUGUUCCUCCACAACCAAGCUCUUAUUUUCAUGAUGAACGUUACACACCAGGACAAGCAUAUUCUCCAAAAGUGCAAUAUGUGCAAGAUCCAAGGACUCAACUGGUGCAUGCUGUAGCUUCAAGACCACAUUACCCCGAAAUGGAGCCCUAUUCAUACUCUGUGCAGACAGGGUACCCCAAACAAUAUGCAGCAAGUGAACCAGGCCCGUAUAUUAUAAAAACACCCCCAACAAGAAUAUUUUAUGGUGACGAUCCAAGAUCUUAUCAAAUUCAAACUGCACCACCAAGAUUUUAUUAUUCAAGUGACAUGUAUGCAGUGCCACCAGAACACCACGUUCCCGCAAGGGCUUAUUACACUGAGGGCAGAAGACAUGCCAGAACUACUCAGCCACAAACAGAUGACUGGUAUGGCUCAGAUGCAUCUGGUUAUUCCACCAAUCCAACAUCUUAUACUUCUCAAGUCACUCCAACCAGAGUUCGGCAGGAGCCUGUGCUCCCUCCAUGGUAUGCCACCCCAUGUGUAGAACCUCAAAGAAUGGGCACAGAUUCCAAAUCUUACUCAAGGUCUUGGGACAACAUUCUCAACUCACGUGUAGAAAGAGAACAGCCUUUCUCUGUUCAAAGAGGUCAGAGCUAUGAUGAUCUUCUUGACUCCAGAAAGCCCUCUACAGCCACUGGUGACAAGCUACAACCAGUAGUAGUCAACCUUUCUACUUCCCCAAGACGAUAUGCGGCCUUAUCAGUGUCUGAUAACUCACUCAUAGACAAAAGCCCAACAGAAACAUCAAAAAGCACUACCAGUAAACUCUGGUUUGUCACUCCUGAGAUAACGAUCACUGAUAAUGACAUUAGACCAGGGAAUCUUAACAAGGUUGAAGGACGUUCUGCAAGUUGGGAUAUUCUUAACUCUCGAAGCACCGAAAAUCCAGAAAUGUCUCUACGCGAUUUUGAAAGUCCAGCCAAAGAGAAGACACACGACAAUGCCUCACUUCAGCAGAGCCUUGAGCAGCUUGAUGAACUUCUAGCAGAUCUUGUGACUGACUACAAGCCGCCAAGUAGAAGGGCAAGUGAGGACAUUCUGGAUCAAAUAAAGAAGUUAAUUGACGAAGAAGAAGCCGUAUCUCUGUCCAGAAAAAGCUCAAAGGCAGGUGCAGAAGAACCACCUCCCUUGGACAAACAGCCAACGUCAAUCAAAAUAAAUCCUGAUGCUUUUUGCGACCUGGAUGGAGCAAGUGAUGCCAUGAAGACUGCAGAAGAGUGCUCUCCUGAUCAGAGCCCAGAUGAAGAUGAUACAAUGAUGUGUUCUAACAACAAAUGCCGAAGAACAGAGACCCUAUUUAAUGCUUGUUUGUAUUUUAAAUCCUGCCACAGUUGUUACACCUACUACUGCUCCAGGAACUGCCGCAGAGAGGACUGGGACAUCCACAAGGAAAGCUGCUUGUAUGGAAGAAUUGGGAGCAUUUGCCGCCACAUCAUAAAGCACUGCCGGGAAACUGUUGAAGUCCACAAAGCCUUUUCCCGUAUUGCCAAGGUUGGUUACCUUUCUCGAGGUAGGGGGGUUCUUUUCCUUGGGUUUCCAAAUCCUGCAUCAUCCAGUAACUUCCUGCAGUACGGUCUGGAUAGUUUACCUAUGUCUCCCACAUAUCUAUCCCUGCGAGAGCUUGAAAGUUUCAAGGAUAAUCUGGGUGAGUACUGCAAGGAGCUACAGGAAGCUGGUAAAGAAUAUGACCCAAACGAAUGUUUCAUCUUGAAUGUAUCCAUUGCUGUGGGCGAGCAGCUGCCUGAUGGGCCAUCACCAAGGAAUCAAGCACCAACAGUAAGAAAAUAUGCAAAGGUCGCACUGGCUUCCUUUAGCCCCGAAACAAAAGUUCACAAAAAAGAAAGUGAUAUGGAAACACUCAUCCUGACGCCACCUCCAGGAACAGCAGACAUCGACAAAGAAGGGGAAGAAGGUCGCAAGGCUAGGGAAAUUUGUUUCAUCAAUAUUCAAAGAGAGUUAAGAAUACGAGGGGUAUUUCUGCGUCAUGAAUACCCACAGGUGUAUCAGCAGCUCUGUGAAUUUGUGGAGAAUAACAGAAGGUUCACGCCCACAACCAUAUAUCCAAUCGAUAAAAGGACUGGUAAACAGUUUAUGUGCAUGAUUAUGGCUGCCUCAGAGCCCAGGACAUUAGACUGGGUUGGCACUCCACAUCUCCUUGAUGACAUUAUUUAAGUGCACCUUUUGUUACAAAUAUAUAUGUAUAGAAAUGCAUAUAUAUUGUUGCACAUAUUUAUAUAUUGAUCAAUUACAAGCAUUUGUAGAUAAGUAUUUUGUUAUCAAAAUGAUAUACAUUCAUGUCUGCUUGGUCAGUAUUAUACUUUACCAAACAACUUCCUAUCAGGUGCAGAAGAAAUACAAUAUAUUAGGUAUUUAUUUUAACCCUAAAUACUUUAAAUCCACCACAAGUCAUUUUGUAGUUAAGUACUUUUAUGAGACAUUCCCUUUGGUGGGGAGCAUCUAAAUGGACAUUCUCGUGUUUUAUUAUGUCAGGUAAACAUGUACGGAAUAUUCUUUUGAUCUCAACCUCUGACAUAAUUUUACACAUCUGUGAGUGCAACACAAAUAUUUUCAUAUGUGACUUCAGCGGUGUAUCAUGCAGGAAAUAUGAAACAAUAUUUUCUUAGCUGCGCAAAUACUUUCUAUGCAAAGCUGUUUGAAGAGUUAAAGACUGCAUUCCUGCAGAUGGAGUAAAUAAAUAAAUAAAUAAAUAAAUAAA